UGAACGCCGGCAACCGCGAAAAGGCCCAGCGCUUCCUGCAGAAGGCCGAGAAGCUCUACCCACUGCCCUCUGCCCGCGCACUAUUGGAAAUCAUUAUGAAAAAUGGAAGCACUGCUGGAAGCAGCCCUCAUUGCCGAAAAUCGUCAGGUAGUGGUGAUCAAAGCAAGCCUAACUGCACAAAGGACCCCUCAUCUGGGAGCGGGGAGAGUGGAAAAGGCUACACCAAAGACCAAGUAGAAGGAGUGCUCAGCAUAAACAAAUGUAAAAAUUACUAUGAAGUACUUGGAGUUACCAAAGAUGCUGGUGAUGAAGAUUUGAAAAAAGCUUAUAGAAAGCUUGCUUUGAAGUUUCAUCCAGACAAAAACCAUGCACCUGGAGCAACAGAUGCUUUUAAAAAGAUUGGAAACGCAUAUGCUGUUUUAAGCAAUCCAGAAAAACGAAAACAGUAUGACCUCACAGGCAAUGAAGAACAAGCGUGUAAUCACCAGAACAAUGGUAGAUUUAAUUUCCAUAGAGGUUGUGAAGCUGAUAUAACUCCAGAAGACUUGUUUAAUAUAUUCUUUGGCGGUGGAUUUCCUUCAGGUAGUGUACAUUCAUUUUCAAAUGGACGAGCUGGUUAUAGCCAUCAACAUCAGCAUCGACACAGUGGACAUGAAAGAGAAGAAGAAAGAGGAGAUGGAGGUUUUUCUGUGUUUAUCCAGCUGAUGCCCAUUAUUGUAUUGAUCCUCGUGUCAUUAUUAAGCCAGUUGAUGGUCUCUAAUCCUCCUUAUUCCUUAUAUCCCAGAUCUGGAUCAGGGCAAACGAUUAAAAUGCAGACAGAAAACUUGGGUGUCGUUUAUUAUGUCAACAAGGACUUUAAAAAUGAAUAUAAAGGAAUGUUAUUACAAAAGGUAGAAAAGAGUGUGGAAGAAGAUUAUGUGACUAACAUUCGAAAUAAUUGCUGGAAAGAAAGACAACAAAGUAAAAACUGAUAUGCAGUAUGCAGCAAAAGUCUACCGUGAUGAACGACUGCGCAGGAAGGCAGAUGCCUUGAGCAUGGACAACUGUAAAGAACUGGAGCGGCUGACCAGUAUUUAUAAAGGAGGAUGAACUGGAAUUUUAUUUAUAUCUUUUAGAGUACUCUUUAUUUUUUCUGCAAGUAAGUUUAGUUUCACCUUGAGAGCUAAAGAAAAAGAUAUGAUGUUGAAAACUAAACUGAAUAGUUGGUCCCUGAAAUCUUGGACUGUUUAUGACUUACUGGCUCCUUUAAAUAGUAAGAAACUGAAAACUAAAAUGAAUAUUUUAGUUAUGCUUCUGCAAUUAUUUUCACUUUAAAAGCUUAUAUGAUUCCUAACUAAAACUGUCUGAGAAAGGAUCAUCACACCUGUAGCCGUUCCUGGUUUUAGAUUCUCCAUUUUUCCCUUGUCAUGUAAAUAUUUAUGGAAUGAUCAUUUUGUGUAUAUACAGGUUAUUAUUGCCUUUUUAUUUAAAUUCUUUUGGUGUUUAGCUCCAUGAGACACUUCAGUUUAAAUUGAUGGAAUAAAUGUUGUAUGACAAAAUUACAUUUACCUUGUCAGAUGUCAAAUGUGUGGAGUUUACAAUGAAACUUUAUCAAAAAGAAAAGAAAAAACAAAAGCUGUUUAACUUUGUGUAAAAUCUUGUAGCAUUAUCAGCUUAGAGGGAAUUGAUAUUUUUAAUAUUGCCAUUAUAUUCCAAAAUAUAUAUUGAGAUAAAUGAACUGGUGUAAAGUAUCAGUUUGCUAUUUAUUUAGUUUUAUGAAUUGCUAAGCCAUGCAUAGAAAUGAAAUGCUAUACUGAUAGAUUUUAAAGAAAAUGAGGAAAUGGCUAUAUAAAUACUAACCAAAAAGGGUCUUCAACAGUAAAUUGCAGUUAUGUCAUUUGCAAUUCCAAUAACUAAAAGGCCCCCAAAUGUUCCUUUGUAUGUCUUUGAAGGCUGCUAAAUUUUAUGAAGAAAAGGACCUACCUGUUUUUCCCCCAUGGAAAUUUGCAGUUUCUUCUUAGUGAUCAUUUAAGCAGGAUCCAAAAGUAAAUGGGUUCUUACUAUUGCCUAAGUAAUAAGAAAAAUUACUACUAAAAUGAAGCUUUGUGCCUUUUAACUUGAUUGCCAACUCAAACAUAUAAGUAGAUUACAGCACACUUGAUCAGAGCAUGAUCUGUUUGGCCAUAUGCAACAGUGAUCAGAAAUACAGCAGCAGGUAGAAUAGUGAUUUAUAGCAAGUUAUCCUUACAAAAAUUUGAGCUGAAAUCUAUUCACCAUUGAGUAAUUCAGUUAAUCCUAUAGGAAUAAGUUCCUUAUAAUUAAAUCCAUAAUAUAAAUUUAAAAAAUCAGCUGGAAAUUGAAGUUUUUGGUGCCUGUAUAUUGAGUAUGAAACUGUUUGAUUUCUAGUCUUCUAGGUUUAACAGUGGUUAAUAUUUUAAUGAUUUUACUUCUCAUUUAAUGGAACAUGAACACAUCUUUGGUAAUUUUUGUGUGUGUGAGAGAAUGCUAAUUAGAGUGGCAGUGUUCUUUUAUUUAAAGAUUUUUUUUCCUGAAUAUAGUUAACUUAUAGGAUCUGUUGAACAGAACUUCUAAAAUGAGCAUUCUUUUUUAAUUGUCCUCUUGUAUUGCCUUUUCCAGGUAAAUCAACAGAAAUGCCUGAUUGAAUUAGUUUAACUAAACAACAUUCUGUCCUAGGAAAACUAGACAGCUUAACCAACUUUCCUUUAGAAAUGCAUCCUAAAAAAAAAAGUGUGCUUGAAAGAAAAUACAAUUUAAAAUAUUUUCUUGAGCCUAUAGAAUGAGUUUCUAAAAAAUAAGGUCAUAGCAUUCUAAUUAACUUUAAAAAUUCAUAUGCAUCAGAAAACUUAGAUAAAAAUUUAAAUGAAAUUUCAACCAUUUAUUUUUCCAAGUUUGAUGGGAAAUUUACACUCUUGUGGUUGAUGCUUAUGUGAAUUGAAUUCUUGUUGACUGAUUUUUUUUCCCUUAAUCCUGACUUUAAAAGGGACAGAUGAAGUUAUUAAGUGGAGUUAUAUAUUGUGAAGUCAUACAUGGCUUUUGGACAGUAUUAUAUUUCAGUUGCAUUACAUUACAUUUCAUAAGUCAUAAAAUGUGUUUGAUAAAGUAAAAUUUUCAAACAACUGUGGGAAAUGACCCGAGUGCCUGACGAUUUAAGCCACGUGUGAAGUAUGCAAGUAAAGCUUAAGUUCUUAAUGUGACUUGUAUCAUGGUGCAAAGGCCCAUCCAAGUGUCUUAGAAUUUUGAGUUAAUUCUACGAAGUAGGAAGACUUCAUUUCAGCUAUCUUGAGGUGUAAGAUUUUUCACAUUUGUUACUCUUGUAACCAAAAUCACGGCAUUUUUCCAUCUUAUUUUUAGCUACCUGAGCUUUGCAAUUUCAUUUGAUAAUUUGUACUGUUCAUUUUAAUCAUUGCCUAAAAGCCCUCUUUUUUUGAGUAUUGCUCUACUAGCUUCUCUAACUGGUAUUUUAGAAGGUUGGCAGCAAUUAUAUUUAUUAAUGCUUUACAUUUUUAUCCCUUUUUAAACACACCCUGAAACAUUCUUGUCCUUAUGAGGAUUUGGGGGAAAGUAAAUAGUACCUUUUCUCCUCCUCUUUUGAGUCCUUACUUCCCAAAUAGACAGGUGCUAGUCAUUUGUAAAUUCUGGAAUUUUGAUCAAAUUUGAGAAUUUAAUACUCAGCAAUGAGAAAUAAUAAGUGAAAACAAUAUAUUUUGGGAACAGACUGCAUUUGAAUGCUUAAAUAAGUAUUUGUUUCAUAACAUUACAUUAUUCUUUAUGACUUAUAAAGAUUUGGUAGGAGAAAAAUAAGUCCUUAAGGCAUAUAUAUGUCAGUGCAUUAAGCCACUCUGUUUUUAUGUCAGCUCAGGUGUUCACAGGAACGGAAAGGUAGAAUUCCAGCUCUUUACUUUAAUUGCACUUUUAGGCUUACGUGUUCUUGUUAAAUCUUUAGUUAUACUACUAUGUAAAAAUUACUGAGAUAAAUGAUUAACGUCUUGAUUUCCCUUUGUUGAUCUGUAAUAUUUUUAAAUGCAAUCAUUAUUUAACAAAUGUGACAUGUUAAUAUUACUUAAUAAUGCAUUUUUGCAUAUUUAAUUAAAAAUAAAUCUCCCACCUGUGUUAAAGCAGUGAAAUAUUUCUUGAUGUUGGCCUGAGGACCAAAUGAGCCAUCUUUUAGUUAAGUAUUAGGUCAAAGGACCAAAUGGUUCAGGAGAAUUUGUGCAUUUAUUUAGCUUCCCCAUGUGAAGUUUGCAUUCAAUACUACUCAUACUACUAUCUGUCUUUAUACUGAGUGAACCUACUGAAAGGGCAUUCAUAAUCUUUUUUCUUAACUGAACAGAAAAACUUCUGAAAAUGAACAAUAAAUCUUAAUUUCAAUCUUUACUAGAUAGCUGGAAAACCUUAUCUCUUGGCCACAUUGGACUACUGCCUAGUUAAAAAUCCAUAAAGUUCUCUAAAACCAGUAAAAAAGAAAAGAGAGUAGUCUCAAAAUAACUUCCAAAGUUUUUUUAAUUCUAAUUUUUAAGUUCAAGGAAAAAGUGGGUAGAAUGAGGAGGUUCAAGUAUUCUUGUAUAUUCCUUUAAUAAUCUGGCAGGCAACACAGUCCUAGAAUUCAGGAUUCCUUUUUCAUUUUAUUACUAUUAAAUAGUUUCAUAUCAAUGGAAACAUUUUCCCUCAAAACGUUAAUUCAAAACAUAUUCCUUAUAUUAAGGAUUAUGUAACCACAUUUUUUUGUAAAUUCCUUGUGUGUAACUUUCCUGUCAGUAUGUGAUUCCUUUUCCUUUAAUUUUAUUACCUGCUGGUUUUGGGGCCAAUAGAUUUGUGAAUAUCCUGUGGAUGUGUCCAUGUAUAGGUAUGUGUUUGUGUGUGUGUGUGUAUAUAUACACACACACACACACACACAUAUACAUAUAUAUAUAUUUUCCAGCUAAUACCUCAAAUAUGUGAUUGUUUAAUAUAUACCACACUAUGUUUGCAUAGAACAGGGCUUCCAUUAGCAGUGGAUUUUCUUACUUCAAACUUUGAAAUCCAGUCCACAGAAUUUUAUUGGUAUGAAUUCUUUCUGUUAAUCUUUUUCAUAUUUUAAAACAGAGAUUCCUAUUAUAUGGCCCAUACUUCAAAUAUAAUUGUAUCUUUCUAUAUAUAGCAAUUUGGAAAUAUGUAGGGGUAAGAAGUGUUUCUUGAAAUAGUUUAGUAAGUUACUAUUAAAAAUUGGGAUUACUGAUUGCCAAGGCAUCUGGUAACUGCAUAGCAGAUGAAAUCCGGCCUGAAUGUGAGUCUCAUCACUUCACAAGAGUUGGGACAUUUUAAUCUGAUAUUCUACUUUGCCACUUAAGAGCACCACUAAAAUAACAGAAAAUCUUCAGUGACAUUGGAGUAUUUUAAGCAUCAAUUUUAAAAUGAAUUGUUUUGGAUUCUAUAUGGAUGGAUGACUAUAUCAAUGGGAAGGAAACUCACACAUACAUGAUGCUUUUGUAAUUUAUCUGUAUUAAGAAAUGCUUCUUACCUUUUUUGUUUUUUCAAUUUUUGGAUUGCUACAUAAGACUUUUUCCAUUUAAAGUUUAGAUCGUGUGUUUUUAAAAGCUGCAAGUAAUUUUCAAGGUGAGAUCGAAUUUUAAUGGAAGCCUUGUAUAAGUUAAAUAAGUGAAACUGGUAAAGGAGAUCUUACUUUGUAGACAGUCAAGAUUAUACAAUUAGAUUUAAAAAUGAAACGUCUGAUUUGUAAAAUAUUUAAUGUUAUAUCAGACUUAUAAAGUAAAAUUUUCUGUGUGAGAACUGUUAAAGAAAAUGCAUUUGAUUUUUAAUGAAUGUUCUGCUGAAUGAUUUAUGAUGAAUUUUUUGUCUUUCAGUCUCUGCAGUUUAUCUCAGUAUAUGAAUAAAAAGAAGGUGUGUUCUCACUGUAAA